AUGGCGACCGACAUCAAACUUGGCAAGGUCCACGGCCUCUACGACACUAUUAACCCAUCUACGAAGCUGCAAAAUGCCGCCAAGGGUAAAGUGGUUCUUAUAACCGGAGCCGGCCGUGGUAUUGGACAGGCGACCGCGAUAGCUUUUGCGGCAGCUUCCGUUUCCAGCCUCAUCUUAUGCGCGCUGGAAGAUGCGGAGCUUAAAGAGACCGAAAUCUUGGUCGAAUCCAUAUCACAAGACAUCAAAAUAUUCAGCAGAGCGUUGAAUGCGUCCGACGAUACCGCUGUCUCUAGUUUCGUUGCGGAUGCAGCAGCUUGGGCCGGAGGCAACAUCGACGUGCUAUGUUGCAUUGCAGGUGUCAGUCCACCACAACAAUCCAUUGUUGAGAGUGACCCGGAACGUUGGUGGAAGGGACUGGAAGUCCACCUCAAUGGCACUUACCUGUUCGCACAUUAUGUCUUACCGCUGAUGCGAGAAAAGAAACAGGGCCAUGUUAUCUUUGCUUCUUCAUCGAUCAUACUUGGAAAACACCAAGAUGCGUCCAGCUAUUCCGUGGGAAAGUUAGGGGUUGCCCACCUGGYCGAGUUGCUACACGAGGAAAUGCACGCAGACGGCAUCCGCGUGUUUGCCGUCCAUCCCGGUGGAAUUCUUACUCGACUGCUCACUGACAUGGAAAAUACCGAGAAUGCUGCAUGGGCAGUCAAGGCAUCGAAGAUCAUCCGACCUAUGUUGAACGACGACAUCACACUUCCAGGCAAUAGUUGCGUCUUUCUGAGCACUGGGAAACUAGACUUUAUGAGCGGUAGAUUUGUUGAUUUCACUGUUGGCAUGGACCAGCUGCUGCAGAACCAGGACGCUAUUGAGCAGAAUAAUCUGUUCAAGAUCAAUAUCAGUGCCAACUGGAACUUGACGGGCGGCGCUCGACCUUUUUAUUGA